AUGUGCAGGAAGACAAGGAAGACGACGCCAUGUUCCUCUCUGGAGGUUCUGCUGAGCACCGUGAUCAUCAUCUUGUUUGUAGUGUGUAUCUGUCUCAUUGUCUUGUCCUGGUUAUUGGUCUUCUCAGGUAAAGGGCAAACAGGAAGCAGCAACUCAUCGUUUACUGGAAGUCUGACGAUCUCAGAGGGAGCGAGUUUCACUGAGGAGCUCAGGAACAGGAGCAGUGUGCACUUUAAAGCUUUGGCCUUUGACACACAGCAACUGAUUACAGAGGCGUUCGCACUCGGCUCAAUAAAAGCACAGUUCAGGAACUGCAGAGUGACGGACUUCAGUCCGGGCAGUGUGAUAGUCCACUUCACUGUGCUGUUUGAGGACAUUGUGGAAGUAACAGUGGUGCAGCAGCAGUUAAUCUCUGGUUUACAGAAUAUUCCAGACUCAAUACUCAUCAUAAACAGCAGCAGUGUUCACAUCACCACAUCAGGUACAUCAUCACCUCUCACACUCGCGUCACAGGUACAUCUACAAUGUCCUGAUGGACAGAAAGCGUGUGGAGACGCUGUGACGUGUGUUCCUUUAGACAGUUUCUGUGAUGGAGAACCAAACUGUCCCGACGCCUCCGAUGAGUCUCACAGCACCUGUGCGACGGUGUGUGAUGGGCGGUUCCUCCUGCUGGGGCCGAGUGGAUCCUUCCACAGUAACAAUUUCCCCCUGGAUUACGACAGUGGUACAGUCUGCCGCUGGGUCAUACGCGUUAAUGAAGGUCUGAGUAUAAAGAUCGAUUUCGAGGCUUUUGAUAUGGAGCCUGGCUUCGAUCUUCUGAAGCUGUACGAGGGAACUGGAGCUGAUAAAACCCUGGCGUACUCGCUGUCCGGUUCGUCUCCUGGAGUCCUUUGGAUUUUUUCCCAUGAGGCCACAGUGAUGUUCGUGUCUGAUAUCAUCAACAACCAGCGAGGCUUUAACGCCACGUACCAAGCGGAGAACCUCUCACUCCUCAGCAAUGAGGAGAAGAUAAACUGCUCCUUUGAGGAGGGCUUCUGUUUCUGGAGGCACGAUGUUAGUGAUCAUGGAGACUGGACCAGGAGGAACGGAUCUUCUCCCCCUUCUUUGACCGGCCCGAGCGUCGACCACACGUUCGCUAACCAGUCUGGGUACUACAUCAUAACUCCGAGGACUCCAGGAAAUUGGCAGAAGUUUUACUAUCUCCGCAGCCUCCCAUUGGCUCCCUCAGCAGAACCGAUGUGUUUGAGAUUCUGGUAUCACAUGUUCGGGCUGCACGUUUGGUGUCUGAAGGUGAAGGCAGAGCGCGACUCGGGCGUCCAGGUCCUGUUCUACAAAGACGGAAACUACGGAGACAACUGGAACUACAAACAAGUCACUAUAAAGGAGACGACGGAACAAACGAUCGUAUUUGAAGCGCGGAGCAGAGGAGGCGUGUGGAACGAUAUUGCACUGGAUGACUUCAGCCUGACCUCUGGGCCGUGUGGACCAUCACCACCUGACCCGACUCCCGUCCCUCUCCCGACCACGCCCCCUCCAGUGCCCGCUGACUGUGGAGGCCCUUUUGACCUUUACGCAUCAAACUCGACCUUCAGCUCACCAAAUUACCCUCACAGCUACAGACACGGUGCCUCGUGUGUGUGGAUUUUACAUGCUGAACGAGGGCAAAAUAUUCAACUGCAUUUCCAGGACGUCUCUUUAGAGUCUGGGUUCGACAUGUUAGAGAUUCGUGACGGAGUUGACCCAAAUUCUACUUUACUGAGCGUGUUAACGGGUGAGCGUGAUUUUCCUGAUGUUUUCUCCACCACCUCUGAGAUGAUGGUGAUAUUUUUCUCCGAUUCUUCUGGACAUGGACGUGGAUUUCUGGCUAAUUUCAGCACGGGCUUUAACCUUGGCCAGCCGGAGGCGUGUCAGGCUGGUGAGUUCCGCUGCAGAGCCGGAGUGUGUGUGUCUGCUUCCGGUGUGUGUGACGGUGUUCAGAACUGCCCUGACGCUUCAGACGAGGCCAACUGUGCACGUCUCUCGGAGUUUCCUGGAGCUCCUCGUUUGCAGAUUGAGAUUCAGUGGCGUCUCUACACGGCCUGUUCCUCUGACUGGAGCUCGCACUUCUCCAAAUACUUCUGCAGAUAUUUAGGCUACAGAUCAGGAAACGCUUCGUUCGUGUCUGUUUCGGCUGAAGACGCUCCGUUCGUCAUCGUGACUCAGGCUGCUAACGGCUCCAUGAAUGUGAAACCCAGUGAGAAAUGUCCCAGUGAGAAGGCCGUAUCACUCCACUGUGAUAACCAGCCGUGUGGAAAACAGAAGGUGGUAGUGAACCCAGCGCCGUCUGUGGCGAGAGAGUCGAGCGUGAUGGAGGAGGAGGAUGGAGCGAGUGAAGGUGUGGAAGGGAGGAUCGUGGGAGGAGAGGACGCAGUGAAGGGGGCGUGGCCCUGGAUUGCCACGUUACGCUGGUUGGGACGAACCCUCUGUGGAGGCACGUUAAUCGACUCGCAGUGGAUCGUGACAGCGGCGCACUGCGUUUACGGGAAGAACAUUGACCUGUCCCUCUGGACCGUGGUUUUGGGUCUUCAUGAUCAGUACAAUUCCAACACUGCAGACAGACAAAAUCACAAAAUUGACCUGAUUAUCAUGAACCAAAACUACAACAGGAGAACGAAAGACUCGGACAUCGCACUCAUACACUUACAGGACAAAGUCAACUUCACAGACUACAUCCAGCCGAUCUGCCUGCCAGCGCCCCAUCAGCAGAUUGUAGCAGGAAGGAAGUGUGUGAUCGCAGGCUGGGGGGCACUCACUGAAGGAGGUAUUAGACCUGAUGUAUUACAGCAGGCCGUGGUGCCACUCAUUCAGAACAGUGUGUGUCAGGAGAGACUUCCUGAAUACAUCAUCACUGAACGGAUGGUGUGUGCGGGAUACCCAGAGGGCGGAGUUGACACCUGUCAGGGUGACUCUGGAGGGCCGUUGAUGUGCGAGGAGGAAGGGUUCUGGAAUUUGGUGGGCGUGACGUCGUUUGGCGUGGGCUGUGCUCGACCUGGACGUCCCGGAGUGUAUGCACUGCUCCCACAGUUCACAGACUGGAUACUGGAAACUCGACGCCUGUACUCACACUGGGACGGCAUGAGAUGGACAUUAUAA